CUAACUCGCUGAGCAUGGCUUAAGUGAGGCAUUCACCUCGUUUACACAGGAUGGGUUAACAUGGACGCAGUUAACAGAGUGUUGAUGUUCUGCAUUCUGCUGUGCUAUGAAGUGAAGACGUGCUGAGGGCGUUUACCACUUCCUAAAUGUGAUGGAUCCUCCUCAAGGGAGAAAUGGAAAAAUCCAGAGACAAGAUGCGAGCGACAGUGACCUCCCCAUGCCUAUCACUGAUGAUCAGAACAUUUAUGAAUCUGUUGACGUCCCUCCUGGAAAUAAUGAUGAAAGCCAUAUUUAUGAGCACACCCUGUCAGGGCUCAUACCCCGAACUGAAUCCCAGCCCAAGCCCCCAGAUCCUCUCCAGGGUCAUAAGGGAGGAGCUCCUGGGAAUACAGACCUCCAAAGAACAAAUGUGCCUCCCCCAGUCCGUCGCCCUCCCAAUCCACUCAGAACCAGGCUUCCUAGUGCAUGUUUGCCAGCCAGACGAGGCAUUGCACCCCCCCCUGUUCCUCCCAGGACAGGAAUACCGAUUGGCAACAGCAAAAAGCAGCUUUCCUGUGACCUCACUGAGCCUGCUCACAAACUGAAUCGGUCCAGGACAGAAAUAGUAGAACAUGACCCGUGGGCUGUCAAACUAACAGACACUCCACAGGGCAGCACCAAGAGGCUGGCUUCUUUUUGUGAUGCAACUUCAAAGCUAAUGUCACGGUACAGGCAUGCAGACAGUCAGAACUCAGGUGUGGUAUGGAGCCGUUUGUUGUACAUCCACCCUGCCCUGCUGCAGCAGGUGGAGGUUACUGUCAGUGUGGCCACUGAGUGGGGCGCUCACCAGCUCCCCUUCCCCACCACAGUGAACAGGACAGUGAACAGUCUGAUUGAUGAAAUCUUUCAGCUGCUCGAUCUCACUCCCAGGUCAAGUGGGCAUCAUUAUUUAAAACUGUGUGACUCUGAUGAGUAUCUCCACAAUGAAGAACUGCUGGGUAUGCAUGAGGUCAUUCAGAUCUACUGUCAGUUUAAGCAAGUCGUCCCCCUCCGACUGCUCCACACGGACAACCUGAAGCACAGUCUGGCCCGGGAUGUGGAGGAUGGCGUCACUCCAUGCCAGCUGUACCAGCUCCUGCGUCCUGUCUGCGUCUUCAACACCUGCAAGUUGAGCCUGCAGGAUGUGCUCAGCAGCUACAACAGAGAGGUGACAGAGCUAAUGAGAAGUAAGUCUGGGAUGAACAUUAAUGUGCUCGUGGGUCGCGUUCGCACCAUUAGCAAUCUACUGUGUGGGCUCUCGUGUCAGGAGCUGGAGGACGGUAUUGGCCGACUAAACAGAAUCAAUCCCAUACCUCUGAGUCAUGAUGAGAUUUCUGAGUGUGAAACAGCUAUGAUAAUGCUCCACAAGGCACUGCUUAAAGUGCUACAGAUCUUUUUUGACAACUUCCACUCAGACUUCAGAGCUCAGGGCAUGACCAGCAACAUGGAAAUACUUGACAUUUUGGACAACACUGAAAUCAUCCAGUUCAAUAUUUCUGCUCUCUACCAACUACAACCCACCUGGCUGACCAUCUAUGAGUGCUUCUCUGUUUCCUGUGAGUUAACAUACGGAGGAACAAAGAUCUGUGACACAGGCAUUUCUGAGAAUAUCAGCACUGCCUUGUCGUACGGAAACAAAAUCCAUUGUAACCGCAUGAUGGUGUUCCCAAUUCCAGUAAAUCAGCUGCCGUAUGAGUGCAUGCUGACAUUUCGCCUCAAGGGCUCCAAGCGAGGCAAGAGCCCCGAGCUACUAGGCUGGGCUGUACUUCCUCUCUACAGCGACAGGACUCUGGUACUGGGGACCGUUCUGCUCAGUAUGUCCACUCUUACCGAGCUGCCUGCUCCUCCGUCCCCUGCCCUGUUUGACAGCCACAGACAAGCCGUCGGGGUCAUACUGCAGCUUGAGUUUCAUGAUGUGUUUGAAUGGAAGUAUCAGAGGCCCAUCGCCCUCCCCGGUUCAAUCUUAUUUACUCAGCCUUGUGAGGCGGUGCAAAAGAAGAUUUUGGACAUCUCUAAGAAGCAUUGCCUCUGCUUUCUAACAAAAAAUGAGAAGGCUUUCCUUUGGAGUAAGCGCCACUGUUGUGACAAAGCAAGUACUUUCCUUCACCUGGUGCUGGGUGGAGCCGAGUGGCAGCCUGAGGACUUGACAGAAAUCUAUACUGUUGUAGAGAACUGGCCCAUCCAUCUACCUGAGGAGGCUCUCUUCCUGCUCAGUGACAGUUUUCAUGAUCAGACUGUGCGGACGGCUGCAGUUCAGUACUUUGAACAGAUACCAGACGGAGAGCUAGAGGUGUUUCUGCCACAGUUGGUCCAGGCUCUGAAGAGUGAGUGGGAGUUGGAUGGACCUCUGGUGAUGCUGCUGUUGGAGAGAUCACUGAAGAACAUACGGAUUGCCCAGCAACUAUUCUGGCUGCUGGAGGAUGCCCACACUGACCCCUACUACCAGAGUUGGUUCAGCAAGGUUCAGGCUGCCCUGCGGCACUGCUGUGGUCGGGCGCUGAGGCAGGAGCUGGAGCAUGAAACCCACCUGGUGUCUGUGCUUGUGCAGGUGGCUGAGAAGGUUCGCACCGCCGAUAAGGCCCGACGUAAGAAUGUUUUGAACAAAGAGAAGUGGAAGAUUGAUGACUUUUUCAAAGCUGGGAUCAGCUGUUGUCUGCCACUGGACCCUGCAGUCCGUGUAACUGCAGUGGACAUGAGUGCCUGUAAGUUCUACAACUCCAAUGCUGCUCCUCUGGGGAUCUCAUUCACCUGCUCUGACCCUCUGGCCAAGGCCAUCAGUGUCAUUUGCAAGACAGGAGAUAACCUGCGUCAGGACAUGCUGGUACUUCAGAUAGUCCGUGUGAUGGACAGAGUCUGGCUGCAGGAGGGGCUGGAUCUGCAGAUGAUCACCUACAGGUGUCUCUCUACAGGCAAAGCUCAGGGCCUGGUGGAAGUGGUGCCAGAGGCGGUGACUCUAGGGAAGAUUCAUCAGGAGUGGGGUCUGAGUGGGAGCCUCCGAGAAGACACGCUGGAGAAAUGGUUCCACAUGUGGAACAGAACUAAGGAGGACUAUGAGAAGGCUGUGUUGAAUUUCAUCCACUCAUGUGCAGGGUGGUGUGUGGCCACCUUCAUUCUGGGCAUUUGUGACCGGCACAAUGACAACAUCAUGUUGAAACACAGUGGACACAUGUUUCACAUCGACUUUGGCAAGAUUAUGGGCAAUGCACAGAAGUUUGGAAAGGUUAAAAGGGAUCGAUCACCUUUCAUCUUUACAUCUGAGAUGCAGCACUUCAUCACAGGUGGGGGGCAAAAGCCACAACGGUUGCAUCGUUUUGUGGAGCUCUGCUGUGAGGCUUACAACAUGAUCAGAAAGCGCUCGGCAUUGAUACUCAGCUUGUUGGAGCUGAUGCUAGAUGCAAGAAUGCCAGAGCUGAAGGACUCUAAUGAUCUGCAGUAUGUCCAGAACAACCUCAGGCCUCGUGACACAGACCUGGAGGCCACAUCCUACUUUACAAAGAAGAUCAAGGAAAGCAUGGGCUGUGUUGCAGUUAAGUUUAACUUCCUGGCACACAACAUGGCUCAAGGAAAGAAACAAGAUCCUCGAACCCGGGACGGCAUCCCUGCUCCCAGCACCAACAUCCAAGAAGCUGUCAUCCAGGGAUACACUGUCCGGUCAAAAGACGUGAUCUACGACCUGAGAGUAACCAUUCAUGAUGGUUAUCUGAACAUUGAGAAAACAUUUGGGCAGUUUGAGCUGAUCCAUAAGCAGCUGCAGAAACACUUCAUUGAAACGAUGCUGCCUCAGUUUCCCCGCUGGUUUAAGAUGUCUUUUACUUCGGCCAGUAGGAUGUCUCAGCUGAAUAAAUACCUCAAACAACUUUUUGAGGGACCAUGCAAAGGAAAUGAAUAUGUGUGCAGCUUGUUCCUGGAUGGCCCCAACAUAGUCCAAGACAGUGUGGGGACAGUAAUGCGUCCUCAGAUCCAGCUCAACAUUUCCUACUCUGACUGUAAGCUCUCAGUCUUAGUGAAACACCUGAAGAACAUUAAGCAGGCAAACGGCUCUAACCCCGACGCCUACGUGGUCACACGUCUGAGACCGGACCCUCAGCAGCGCUCCAAGAAGAAGACGAAGAUUGUCCGCAAUAAUGACAACCCCACCUUCAAUGAGCUGCUGGAGUACAGUAACAUCCCACUGCUGUAUGGGAUGGUGCUGGAAGUGACAGUGAAAAGCAAGAAGACUUUUGUGGCCGCAACCAACAUUAGACUGGAGAAGGAGUUGCUUGACAAGGACAUCUGGUUUCCUCUUGGGAACUGUGCAAUCUGAGUUGAUAGAGUCGCACUGUGCACGUACUGCCAGCAGAGGGGGCAACCACACUGAGGGAAAGAAUCAACCCAAAGAUUGCUCAGACUGUAUGAUUGAGAUAAAAUAAUCUGAGCAGAGGAAAUGUACUGUACUCUCAUUUAUACCUCUUUAUCAGAUGCAACUUAAUCUCACUCCUGAGCCACAUGCUGGGCCACAUGCUGGCAGUGGAAGAGGAAUGUUACAAGACUGAGUGGACGACUCAGGGAAGGAGACUGUUUACUGUGUGAAGCAUCAUUUACAUUAUGCGUUUAUUUUUAAAUGUCAGUCAAAUGAAGGACUUUUGCUAAUUAGUCAUAUUUUUAGAUGUGACCUUAUUGGUGAUGGAUGAAGGGAAGAAACUACUUUAACUAUCAAACUUGCACUUUUGUUUGUACUUUAACUGAACAGAACAGUCCUGGUAAAUGUGUGUGUGGAUGGGACUGACGAUGUGACAGAUUAAAGAGGGAGGUGAUGGUGUGCUGUUCGGAGCUGCCUGUCUGA